CAAUUACAGAGUAUUUUAUUGAGUUUAUCUAUUUAUUUUGGCUUUGUAGGUAUACUAUAACGUUUAUACUAGGCCGUACUAUUGGUGAGUCCUGCAGUAUCCGUAUUACACUCAACGAAAAAGGUUUCAUAUCAUGUUGGGCAUUGUUUUGUGGUUGGCGGUAACGUGGAGUCUUACCACAGCAGUUGCAAACAAUGCGCAUGCGGUUAUAAAAAUAGAGCUCAAUCCACUAGCCAAACGUGUGGUCACCUUGAAAUGUCACAAGAAACAAUACAUCUACACGGUAAUUCAGUCCGAUGAAAACGGCAAAAAAUGCGGGGACAAGAUAUCCGUUGAUGUCUGUUGGGGACGUUGCGAUUCUUAUGAGAUACCAGAUUGGAGAUUUCCAUUCAAGAUAUCCCAUCAUCCCGUCUGUAUCCACUCCGGUCGUACGGAAAUGUUUGCGGUCCUAAGAUACUGCGAAGACGGCGUCAAGGCAGGUACUAACUAUUACGAAUAUGUAACUGCUACUGAAUGUAAAUGUCAAACGUGCACAACUACCGAUACUAAUUGUAAUUCGUUCAAUUCUUAAAGGUCACUUUCGUCAACUUUGGGAUUCAUAUAAUGACAAACAAUAGAUAAAGGUUUUGAUUAAGGAUAUUAAAUGUAAUCUUUCCAUUUCUUCACCGAUCCCGUAACCGACUUCUUCUUAUCUAGUUUUUUUUUCUUAUACAUAUUUGCAUAUUCGUACAUAUUAUAUUUGUAAUUUAUUUUAUUAUUAACGUCGUUAAUUUACUGAGGAGAAAAUAAAUAGAAUUAUUGUGUA